UCAACAGCAAACAAGAAAUUUACCAAACAAUCUACAAAAUGGCCAAAUUCAUCAUUGUAUUGUGCGCUUUCAUUGCCUGUGCUGCCGCCAAACCCGGUAUUGUAGCUCCUUUGGCUUAUACCGCUCCCUUUGCCGCUGCCACUCCUUUGGCUUACUCAUCCCCCUUGGCCUACUCUCAUCCCUUGGCUUACUCUGCUCCUUUGACUUAUGCUGCCGCUCCCGUAGCUUAUGCUAAUGCUCAUUUGGAUGCCGCUUAUGCCAGCAGCCGUGUUGACAUCAAGCAAAACUACAAUGCUGCCGUAGUUCCUGCCACUUAUGCUGCCGCCGCUGCUGUGCCCGUAGCUACUCCUUUCGCUGCUCCCGUAGCCCCUCUUAAAUACACUGCUGCCCCCGUUUUGUUGUAAAUUUCUGGUUAAUGAAUGUUGUUAAGGAAAUAAACUGAAAUAUCUGUGAUUAAUUGUUUUAAAAAAAA